AUCAAUGAUUUUCUUGAACCGUGGGGGAGACUCGGUAAUUAUCUUAAAAUUCAAAAAUCCAUUUCCCCAAUGUGGACCCAGGUAGCUGCCCGUCACAUUCACGCACUAUCCCACCGCCACGUACGACCCUACCUUCCAGAUCCUCCGGUUCCGGUUCAUCCCCGUCCCCCGAAUAGACCGGAUUAAACCCCGCCAUUUGCCUCUUCUCUCAUUCAAAAAUAUUUCUCCGCCCAUUAAAACCCCCGUCCGCCACCCAUCGCCGCCUAAUCAUUUCUGCCCUAAUCGAUUCUCUUUCACACUGUCACACACUGAUAGCUUCUCGCUUGCUCCUUUUCUCACUUUUGCUCACAGCUUGGCGAACUCCCCGCUCGGUUUAUGCCCUAACGAACAGAACUAAGAGGCGGAGCAGAAAUUAGAGAUGAUUGUGCAUUCGUUCGGUUCGGAUGCCCAGUCGAAGGCCACGGAGCUGGCUACGAAGAUCCUGGUGGCGGCGUCUUCUCCGCCGCAAAUAGCCGCCGCGUGCGCCGCGGUGGAGGAUUUCUUGCAAAAGCACACGCCAGACCAGCAGCGAUGGUUCUUCUCCAUCACUUUUCCAACCCUAAUUUGUCGGAUAUUUGGCUUCGAUGAGUCCUCAUCAGCUCCCAAGUUGCAGGCACCGAACGGUUGGGUCGAUGUUGCUAUCCAAUCCGGGGAUACUGAGCUCGCUGGCAAAAUAUUCAACCUGCUGACGCCGGGUGGAGUGUUGCUAUCUUCAAUUUCAGCUGUUGAUAAGCUUUCUCUUAUUAAAUAUGUGUUUCCAGUUGAGAGAUUACCUGAAUGGAUACGCUAUAUGAUUCAAAACAAGAGAGACUACGGGGUUCUGGUGGAUAUGUGUCCAUUAUUGAAGAACCGGAUCACAGAGGAUUCACCUAAGGGUUCAUGUUUUCAGGUUCAGUUGAAUGUUUUUGAGUAUUUCUUGUUUUGGUUUGUCUAUUAUCCUGUCUGCAGAGGUAAUACUGAGGGUUUAGACACUUCAAGGGUUCAGAGAAGUAGAAAAUCUCGGUUAGAAAAUUGGGCUUCUACGCUACCAGGUUUAUACAGUAGUAAGCAGGGAAAGGAGCAGAAAAAUGAAGGAAAUUUGUACAUCCGUCUCCUUUAUGCUUACCUUCGGGCAUUUCUACCCAUGCAUGAUUUAAAUGCUCAUCAACCUUAUCGUAGUUCUCUACUCCAUCAUUCAUGGGGAUAUGAUAGCUCAGUUCUGGAAAGAGCGGAGUUUUUCAUUAAUUCCUUGAUAAACUUCUGGCUGGUUGACAAUGAUUUUUCACCUGUACCUGUGAGUAUGUGCAAAUCAUUGGGUAUCAAUCUGCCUUUCCGGUCUCUUUUUGGUGAAACUCCACCUACUUCUGGAUUGGGCGAGGUGAUUAAUGUGUUUGUUAGGUAUGUGGUACUUGGCUCAGUUGCCUGUAGAGAGGAGCAUGACAAAGUUGAAUUUAAUGGAAGCCCUCAGAGAGAGUUUUUCGGUUCAGCUGAUUCUAUAGAUCUUAGGGAAGCUGCUUUAGGAAAAUACUCUUGGAACACAUGGAUUCAGAGGCCUUUAUACAGAUUCAUACUAAGAACAUUUCUGUUUUGCCCAGUUCAAAGUUCUGUGAAAAAUGUGUAUCAAGUAUUCUCUGUCUGGGUUAACUACAUUGAACCCUGGAAUAUUAGCUUGCAAGAAUUUGCAGACCUCGAUCCUAAAAUGGGGAGACCUGAUGAAAAUACAGCAGGGGAGUCACCAGGUUACUCACCUUCUUGGCAAAGUUAUGUGCUUGCCAAUUACCUCUACUACAGCUCUCUGGUCAUGCAUUUCUUGGGAUUUGCGCAUAAAUUUCUUCUUACAGAUCCAGAAGUUAUAAUAAAGAUGGUUUCAAAGGUGAUAAGCAUUCUUACGAUGUCACCAGAGCUUGUUGGUCUGCUCAAGAAUAUGGAUACUGUUUAUCAUUCAAAACAUACAGGAUCAUCGAAAUCAAAGCUUAAUGCCUUGCACAAGUUUGUUCCAGUAAUCCGUGAACAUUUGCAGGACUGGGAGAGUGGCCUUUGUGAGAGUAAUGCUGAUGGGUCAUUUUUACAUGAUAAUUGGAACAAAGAUCUACGGCUGUUUAGUGAAGAUGAUGAUGGUGGGCAGCAGUUGCUUAAGGUACUUGUUCUGCUGGUUACUUAUCAUUCUUGCAUUCAUCUGCUUCGGGAACUUAGUUGUGCUACUUAUUGCAGCUCUUUCUGUUGAGGGCGGAGUCUGAGUUGCAAUCUUUAUCUGGAGAUAGUCUAGUACAAAGCAGCAAAUGUCUAGAUUCUCUCAAGGCCCAGGUGGGCUCCUUAUUUGGUGGUCACAUUCUAGACUUUUCAUCUAGCAAGUCAGACAAAAAACCAUCUCAUCAAACUCGUGAUGAGGUAUUUCGACCUAGGAGCUUCACCAAUCACAUGGUGGCUAAAACCAAAUACAAGGGUGAGUGGAUGAAGCGGCCAACCUCAGAUGAUGAAAUUGCAUGGCUUGUAAACCUUCUCAUCUACGUAUCAUCUUGGCUGAAUGAACAUCUUGGCCUAAACCAGCCAAACAGCAGCAACGAAGGUCCUGUUUGGUCUUAUGUGUACUUGUCAAGGGAUGCAGGAAAUGUUACUGGACCAACAGAUGCCAUGAAAAUGAUUUGCUCUUCUUUGUUUUCCUGGUUUGUUGCUCUGUUUAAUGCAAUGGUGGUGCUUAUGCGAAAGCAUGGUGUGAAGGUUAAUCUUCGGAUAUUUGCUUCGAAGAAGGUCGUGGCGGUGUUGCUCGUUUUCACCGCAUUUAACAUGUUGCGAAAAGCUUUUUCAUAGGCGAAUAUGUGUACAUAAGAGGAAGCUGGUACAAUAUAGAGAAUGAAAAAUACAAAUGUAGUAGUGAAUUCCGUAGAAAUUUUCAGCAAACUCUUGUCUGUGGUGUUGUAAUUAGAAUGCGAUAUCUGUGCAGCUGCGAAGACUUCCCAAGCAGUCGUUAUUUUGAUACUGCUUUUUUGGCCCUUUUAUACCUGAGGAAAAUGAAAAUCGCUAUUUGUUUGGUC